CUCAGGCCGAACCACGCCCUCUGGAAGUCCGCUGAGCCAAAGAGAACUGCCCGCAGGCCCAGGGUUUGAGUUUGGGGUAUAAAAGAGGCAGAGGUGGACCUGCCUGUCAGAUGGUUUGUUGUUGUUCUGUCUGCCAGGUCAAGAAGGGGGGGAUGUGAGAGUGAGAACUUUAACAAGGUGACCAGGAAACAGGAGAACUAAAACGACGUCCAAUCUGAUGGAGCUCCAGAAGCCGUAACUUUAGAAAGACAAGGGGUUUGUCACACCAGGUGGUCAAGCUCGAGUAUUACGGUGUCUUUUUAGAGGUUGUUGGACGGUACAAUGAGAGAAGAGGUGUCCUGCACCAACUCCCCUGAAGGAGGUCUGGGGGCAAGUGAAGAGGAACUGGAAAGAGGAUCAAAGAAGAGCCACCAACAAGGAAACCGAAAACGCUCGCCUUAUCCUAAGAAGGAGAGCCUUAGUCAGGCGGAGGAGAGCAGCACCGGCAGCCCGAACAGCCUGCUGCCGUCCGGGCCAAAGAGGUUGAAGAAGAGCCCUUCAACGGUUGUGUCGUUGGCCCCCACUUCCCUUGGACCCCGGCUGGACCAGCCUUUUGAGGACCUCCACUCCCAGCGUGUCAUCGCUAACGUGCGAGAGCGCCAGCGCACUCAGUCCCUGAAUGAUGCCUUCGCCUCUCUACGCAAGAUCAUCCCAACUCUACCAUCAGACAAACUGAGCAAGAUCCAGAUCCUCAAGCUGGCCUCACGCUACAUCGACUUCCUGUACCAGGUGCUCCAGAGCGAUGAGAUGGAUGCCAAACUGGCCAGCUGCAACUACCUGGCCCACGAAAGACUGAGCUACGCCUUUUCUGUGUGGAGGAUGGAGGGGGCCUGGGCUAUGUCUGCGAGCCACUAGGACCCCAUAGCAUGCCUCUCUUCUAAACCCUGUCCACGUCUCUACCCUACCACCUGUGUCUCUUUAUGCACCCUUUACUGACCUCUGAGUUCCUCCUGUCAGUCUGAAAUUCACCUUUACGUCUUACACUUUUGCAGAAUUUCAGUCUUUUUCUUCUGCUCUCCUCCAUUGUUUCCUCUCUCCCUUGUCUAUCUCACAGUUUAAUGCAGAGCAACAAGACGCUCCACUGCAGCCUUUCAGAAAAUGGAAAAUUCUCUGCAAUCAAAGAAGAAAUUUGUCCCCACUUCAAGAGACAAUCCCCCUUUUUCAAACCUCUCUUCCUCUUUGGACACUGAGAUGUAUCUCAACAGCUCGACUCUAACAGAUCUUGUGUUUCUGAAACACUGCUGAGGACUUUAAAAUAAAAAGUCGAGCUUUGAACAUUUUAAAUGACACAAACAAACAGCUGGCCUGCGUUGACAAUGAAACAAAAUGGCUGCUGGUUCGAGUGCCUUUGGGUAUCACCGUGAUAACCGUCACCCACCCGGCUCUCCUCCUCCUCCUCCUCCUCUUCGGGUGACUCCCUGUGCCAGACAGACGUUAAGAUGACUGAUGAUAAUGGCACUGUGAUGGUUAGAAGGCGGUCACAGCCAAUGAAUGUUUACAGCUAAAAUGCUAAUAAGCUAAUCGCUCCGGCUCUCUGAGGCCCGUCUUUGUGGGAAGAAGAGGAGCACGAGGAAUGUGGCGCAGAUCUCUACUCUGUUGUGCUGUAGUAACUGGAUAGCUUUGUGUGUAUUUUGGAUUUUUAAAAAGUGUAUCUGUAUGUGAAUUUGGUGUAUGCACACUGUAUUACUUUAAUUCUGCUCUAGCGUUAUCAUGCGUAACACUCUGCUUUAUGCUGAAAAUGUCCAUGGGAAAAAAAGGUCUUAAAACCACUGCUGACUUAUUUUCACUUCCAGAUUGUGUAACCUUCAAGCUUUGCAGAAUUUGUAUUUUUAAUGCAAGAAAAUCUGAAUAAUGUGUCGUUUUUUUCCUGCAGCUUAAAGAAAUAUCUGAGCAGUUUAAGUAGUCUUAUUAACGCUUAAAUGAGUCCCUUUUUAACUGUUUUGCAUUGCUUUUAAAACUUCGUGUCAACGCCUGUGGACAAUAAAAGUUUUCUUGACGUCA